AUGGAUCCAGUCACUGCCCAUGGUCGUCAUCUACCUCCUCCUUUUCAUACUAGAGAUCUGCAGCUGCACCACCACCAGCAGUUUCAGCAACACCAUGUUCAUCACCAUCAGCAGCAACAACAGCAGCAUCAUCAACAGCAGCCAAAUUCCGAGGAGGAUGAGCAAAGUGGUGGAAGUAGCAGCCUCAACCAUGGCCAAAAGCGAGAGCGUGAAGAAAACCACAACAAUAUUAACAAUGAUGGUAAUAGAGAAUUGGCGUCGGUUGUGACCGGUGGCGAAGGAGAUCAUAGCAGCGGUGGUGGAAGUGGUGGCUCUAGACGCCCUCGCGGCCGCCCAGCUGGCUCCAAGAACAAACCAAAGCCACCCAUAAUCAUCACCAGAGAUAGCGCGAACGCGCUGAGGUCCCAUGUGAUGGAGGUCGCUAAUGGGUGUGAUAUUCAAGAAAGUAUAUCGAACUUUGCGACGAGAAGGCAAAGAGGGGUGUGUAUAUUAAGCGGUAAUGGCACAGUUACCAACGUUACACUAAAGCAGCCAGCGGCACCGGGGGCCAUUGUGACACUUCAUGGGCGAUUCGAGAUCUUAUCACUGUCAGGUUCGUUCCUUCCUCCGCCAGCUCCGCCUGCGGCUUCAGGAUUGACCAUCUACCUAGCUGGUGGUCAAGGACAGGUAGUUGGAGGUGGAGUAGUGGGGCCUUUGUUGGCGUCGGGCCCUGUAGUGAUCAUGGCAGCAUCUUUUGGGAAUGCUGCGUAUGAGAGACUUCCUCUUGAAGAUGAAGAAACUACGCCAGGUUCAGGAAACGGGCCUCUAGGGUCGCCUUCUGGUAUUGGUAGCCAACAACAACAACUCAUGAACGAUGGAAAUCCAUCGUUAUUUCAUGGGUUGCCUCCCAACUUGCUAAAUUCAUGCCAAUUGCCAACAGAUGCAUAUUGGGGUGCAAAUCGUCCCCCUUUCUGA